AUGGCGAGUCGAGCUGCCAACAAACGGUUAACCCGUGAAUACAAAACCAUCACCGAGAACCCUCCUCCCUAUAUCGAAGCACAUCCAUCCGAAUCUAACAUCCUCGAAUGGCAUUACAUCCUCACUGGACCUCCCGACACACCUUAUCAUGGCGGACAGUACUGGGGUACCCUUCUAUUCCCCCCAAAUUAUCCAUUUGCGCCUCCCUCCAUUAAAAUGCACACGCCAUCCGGCCGUUUUCAACCCUCCACUCGUCUUUGUCUCUCAAUCAGUGACUUUCAUCCCAAGAGUUUCAAUCCCGCGUGGGAAGUCAGUACUAUAUUGAUCGGUCUAUUAAGUUUCAUGACGAGUGAAGAAAUGACAACGGGUUCGGUCGCCGCAUCAGAGGCGGAGAGAAAAUGGGCCGCGAGUAGGACGAGAUGGUGGAAUAGUACUGGAGGAGGCAGCUACAAAAAGGAUGGAACGCAGAAGGGAAAUAUCAAGGCCGGAGAUGGCGGCGCCAAGUUCAGAAGCGAGUGGGAGGAUUUGGAUAAGGAGAAUUGGAAGUGGAUGAAGGAAAGGGGUGUCGAUAUCGUCACUGGUAAUGAAGAAAAGAAGGAUGAAGAGGGGACUGGAAGGGAAUGCAGUGGAAUUGCGAUGAGGCGGCCAGGCGGUAGUCAGGCUGUUGUUGGAGCUGUGGUGGAAGGUGGUAGAGAAGGAAGAAGCUGGUUGCAGAGGAACAAAUACUGGGUUGCUGGCGGAGUGAUUUUUACUUAUGUUAUGAUUGCAAGACUAUUGGCAGAAGGACAUGAGCUAUAG